AUGAAUUGGGUGAGGCAGAGAGUGUUGGUUUCUUUUGGGAGGCAGAUGCAUACUUUUGAUGGGCCAAGUGAAAGCUUGAAGACAAAGAUUGCCCAGUUGGGGAAAAUGAGGAAGAGAAAAAGCGCAAAGAAAGAUAAACAAACAGUGUUCGUUGAGGUUCCGGAGCCUAUGACCUACCUAGACACAGCCACCAUGCCCCAGAUUCUCACUGCUGUUGGAAUAGCCCUCUUCGCCAAGCUCCUCAUGAUGUAUGAUGACUCAAGAUCACAAGAAUUGAUUGAACGCAAAAUAAAGAAUGCUCCUGCUGAACAAGGCACUGUUAGGAUGCUCACUCGUGAGGAAUGGGAAGAAAUUCGAGAAGUGAGGCCAAGGACUCCAUUUGAAUCCAAGCUGGCUCGUCCAAAUGCACGGAUAAGAACUGGAGAACCAGUACGCAUGGAGGAUUUGAAGGAUUGGACAAUUGAUGUGCUCACAGAUGCAUUUGCUCGGGUUGAAGAGAGUGUUAGGCAUGGUUCCAAGUGA